AUGGCCACUUGCUUAGUCCUUUCGCGUCUUCUUUUCUCGCUUCUGGUUAUUUGGGGUUCAGCUGUCCAAAUCCAUGGCGUUGAACUUGGGAUUAACUAUGGUCAGACUGCCAACGAUCUCCCAUCACCCACUCUAGCAGCUGUGCUGCUUCAAUCUCUCAACGUCCAUAGGGUAAAACUAUUUGAUGCUGAUCUCAAUGUCCUAAUUGCCUUUUCCAAUUCUGAUAUUGAGCUCACUAUUGGACUUGGCAAUGAGGACAUUCAAAAAAUGACUGUUCCCACAGAAGCUGAAAAUUGGAUUCAGCAGAAUGUUCAGCCCCAUAUCCCUCAAACCAAAAUCACUUGCAUCGCUGUCGGAAACGAGGUCUUCAGCAGUAAUGAUGCCCAGUUAAUGUUUAACCUUCUCCCAGCAAUGAAAAUGAUUCAUAACACUCUUGUGAAUCUUGGAUUAGAUAAACAAGUGAUGAUCACUACGCCACAUUCUUUUAACAUCUUGGAAAAUUCCUAUCCUCCUUCAUGUGGCACUUUUCGAGAAGAUCUUGCUGAAUACAUCAAGCCUUUAUUGCGUUUUCUUUCUCAAAUCAAGACGCCUUUCUUUAUCAAUACGUAUCCAUUUUUUGCAUACAAGGCUAACCCGACUCAGAUUUCUCUGGACUAUGUACUUUUCCAGCCUAACAAAGGGAUGAAAGAUCCAAAUACUAAUUUGCUUUAUGAUAACAUGUUGUAUGCUCAAGUAGAUGCCGUGUAUUCAGCAAUGAAAGCAAUGGGGCACACGGAUAUUGAAGUUAAGAAUUCAGAAACAGGCUGGCCAUCGAAGGGUGACCCUGAUGAGGUGGGAUCAACACCAGAAAAUGCAAGGCUAUAUCAUAGUAAUUUGCUCAAAAGAAUUCAGGAGAAGCAAGGUACACCAGCAAGACCAUCAGUCCCAAUCGAAGCAUAUGUUUCCGCUCUCUUUAACGAGGAUUUGAAAACAGGUCCAACAUCUGAAAGGAACUAUGGACUCUUCUAUCCUGAUUGUUCCCCAGUUUAUAAUAUUGGAUUGCAGGAUCAUUUUCCUACAAAUGGAGUAGUUUAUUCUUCAGCAUCAUCCAAUAAAAAUGCAUUGUCUGUCUUCUGCUUGCUGAUCUUUGUUAUGGUGUCCUUAAUCCUUGCUUAA